GUGAUGCAGAGCGUGAAGGAGCACCGGAACGUAUGCAUUGCGGCGGGCAAGAAGUUGAUGAAGCUAGGACCCGUAAGCGGACAUGAUUACCUUCUGGUCUACGCGUUCAUCUUUUACUUGCUGUUCAUGCUCAUGGCCCCAGUAUUCCACUACAAUAUAAAGGACGACCUGGUGGUAUUCGGAAGCGGCGUGCUGAUCAUGACCAGCGCGAUGCCUUGGUCGGCGAGCCAGUACUGGAACCCUGAGCGCCGAAUGGUCUGUUGGAAUGCAGUGGCACGUGACUUGCCUUGGCCCGUGGUCAUCGUCCAGUGCGCCGUCCUGCUCAUCGCGCGCAUUGUCGAGGUGUGCUGCUUGAGAUGGAAGUAAACUGUGCAAUGUAUAGCUUACGGUUGUUGCGCAAUCCCUUCACUCCCUAAAUCUUCCCGGAAAACUGCAAAAAAAAUAUUU